GCUGAGAGCCUUACACUUGUGGUUGUGUUGUGGGUGGAAUAAAAAAAGAAGCACAAGUUUAAAAUUAGCAAAAAAAUGGGAUGCAUAAGUUGUAGCGGUACUACCCUAUGUUUUACUAGUAGCAAGAGCGUAUUGUCAAGAAGAAGAAGCGUCAGAGUUAUGGCAGCAGCAGAGGCUAUAACUGUUGAGAAAUGUGGAAUCAAAAUCACUACCAACCCGCUCGAGUCCAACCUCACUGAGCUUGGAGUCCGUUCUUGGCCUAAGUGGGGCUGCCCUCCAAGCAAAUUCCCAUGGACAUAUUCUGCAAAAGAGACAUGUUAUCUACUACAAGGCAAAGUGAAGGUUUAUCCUGAUGGUUCAGAUGAGGGUGUUGAAAUGGGUGCUGGUGACUUGGUUGUGUUCCCCAAGGGAAUGAGCUGCACUUGGGAUGUCUCGGUAGCUGUAGACAAGCACUACAACUUUGAGUAAUAUACCACCAUAUCUACCAUUACCACCUCAUUUAUUAUAUUUGGAUUCUUUUGCUUCAAUCACUCAAGCUUAUAUGCCACUUUUCAAAAACGUUUUGCAAUUAUGAACGUGCUUUAUGGUGUUA